AUAGAUGGCAAAUUGAUAAAAGCUCAAAUAUGGGAUACUGCUGGCCAAGAACGAUACCGAGCGAUUACGUCAGCCUAUUAUAGAGGAGCAGUCGGAGCGCUCCUCGUAUAUGACAUAUCGAAGAUGCAGACGUUGGAGUCCUGCGAGCGAUGGCUGCGAGAACUUCGUGAAUUCUCGAACGAAAGUGUCUCAGUGAUGUUGGUCGGCAACAAACUCGAUCUGCGGCAUUUCCGGGCUGUUCCCACCGACGUUGCGCUGCAGUUCGCCGAGAGACAUCACCUUGCAUUCAUAGAGACUUCGGCCUUGGACAGCACAAAUGUCAACGAAGCCUUCACAGAAAUUCUCACUCAUAUCUACAAGACAGUUUCUAGUCGCCAUGUGAACGUUAACUACGAUACAUCGUCGAAGGUCGACAUCACAGCUGUUUCAAAAUCCAACAAAAAAUGCUGUUUUAAAUAA